AUUUUCCAAGCUACCAUGAGUGGAAGAGGCAAAACCGGUGGCAAGUCCCGCGCCAAGGCCAAGUCCCGCUCCUCCAGAGCCGGACUCCAGUUCCCUGUCGGUCGUGUCCACAGGCUGCUCAGGAAGGGCAACUACGCUCAGCGUGUUGGUGCCGGUGCCCCCGUCUACCUGGCGGCUGUGCUGGAGUAUCUGACCGCUGAAAUCCUGGAGCUGGCUGGAAACGCCGCCCGCGACAACAAGAAGACCAGGAUCAUCCCCCGCCACCUGCAGCUGGCUGUCCGCAACGACGAGGAGCUCAACAAGCUGCUCGGAGGAGUCACCAUCGCUCAGGGUGGAGUGCUGCCCAACAUCCAGGCGGUUCUGCUGCCGAAAAAGACCGAGAAGCCCGCCAAGGCCAAGUGAAGGCUCCCAACACCACAAAGGCUCUUUUCAGAGCCACCCACUUUCAACUAGAGAGAAGUUCAUCAAUCAAGUGUACCCCGUUCACUUUGAGUGUCCUGUAUAUCCCUAACAAUGGCUGUUUUAUUAGAUUGCUGCAUUUCACAGACCAGAAAAAAUAUACGUUAAUGAAUAAACGCACAACAGCACACAGUAUUAUAUAACUCAUGACCGCUUUAUAA